UUAUAACAAAAGGGAAACAUUCUAUCUCGAACGAACAACCAGCUGCCUGCCAGCCUACCGUUGUGCCAACGCGCUUCGGACUGGAGGAUCCUCAUUUCUCCAAUGAAUCAGAUCGGUGCUCCAAUGAAUCAUCGCCCGCUCAACAGUCAAUGCAGUUUCUACCACUUCUCGCUCACAUAAUCCUUUUUCUCGCUCAGCUGCUUGUUGCUGUUACUGGUAGAAAAGUUAAGAGGUCCAUCUAUUGAACGUAAAGAAGACGGUCAUGGGUAAAGAAAGUCCCCUCUCGCCACUGGCCGUAAGCUGCAUAAGUGCUCUGCCGUUGGUGUGAUUCUGUAGCUGCUGCUUGGCUGCUCACUACCCCCACCACGGCACCACCACCACCACCCACCUAACGCUGCUUGCUGCUUUACCGCUACCCACCAUCUACCUCCCAACCAACCAUACUCUCUCUCUCUCUCUCUCUCUCUCUCUCUCUCUCUCUCUCUCAGAGUCAAUGGGAAGGACAACGGAGGAGGAGGGGUCUCGGCAGGGCGACAGGGAAGCGAACUCUAGCGUGGUUUCCACAGAAUCCUCAGAUCAACAUGACCAGGAACAAAAAGAAAUAGCUAAGGAGCCAACUUCUGCUUCACAUCAACGGCGGCCGAACCUUUCUCUACAGAUACCUACAAGAUCCCUUGAAAGCCUAAGCUCAAAUUCUAUCAGAAUAAAUUUGGCCCCAACACCUAGUCCUGUAUCUACAAAAGCGAACCUACCACCUAAACCAAGUUCAGCCAAAGGCAAAACAUCAUUUAAAAGUCUUUUUACCCAGAGGAGUUUCAUGACAAAGGUUCCGAUGACAGAUUGUGAGAAAGCUGUCCUGCUCAUGCCUGGAGCUUCGUCUGAGAAAAUGGAAGAAAACCCUUCUCCAUCCAGAUCUUUUUCUCUGACUAAGGUGUUUCUACCUCCAAUUAAGAAAACACACUCAUUACCUGUGACACCAGUUGCAAGUUCAGAUGCUGACUCAGUUCAUGGAACAGAUGAAAGGACUCAUCCUAGUUCAACAAGGCCAGAAGUUCAAAAACAAAUAGCCCGUUCACUCUCUGUGCCCGUGAAUACCAAAAUCAGAAGUCUGAGGCGGGCAGACUCCUCAGGACGUAUAAUGCGUAUUAUUCCUGCAACACCACGUGUUCCUGUAGUUGAGGGUGCAACAACUACGAAUGAGAUUCCAGAAAUCAAUACUGAGCCUGAAGAUGAUGGUGAAGAUAUUCCUGAAGAGGAGGCAGUUUGCAGGAUAUGCUUAGUUGAGCUUGCUGAAGGAGGUGAGACUCUUAAGAUGGAAUGUAGUUGCAAGGGUGAACUGGCACUUGCACAUCAAGAGUGUGCAGUAAAAUGGUUUAGUAUUAAGGGUAACAAGACAUGCGAUGUGUGCAAGCAAGAAGUUACAAAUCUGCCAGUUACAUUGUUGAGAUUACAGAAUGCUCAGCCUGUCAACAGGCAUCCUGUUGCUAUAGCGCCUCCUAGACAAGUUAGUCGUUACAGAGUUUGGCAGGACGUGCCCGUGCUCAUCAUGGUUAGCAUGCUUGCCUAUUUCUGUUUCCUAGAACAGCUUCUGGUUGCUGAUAUGGGUUCCAGAGCUCUUGCAAUCUCUUUGCCAUUUUCUUGUGUACUCGGUCUCCUCUCAUCAAUGAUAUCUUCCACAAUGGUGAGCAAGAACUAUAUAUGGGCUUAUGCUUCAUUCCAAUUUGCAGCCGUCAUUCUUUUUGCCCACAUUUUCUACUCUAUUCUGAGAGUUCAUCCUAUUCUUUCAGUUCUCCUCUCAUCCUUUACGGGGUUUGGAAUUGCAAUUAGCACAAAUUCUUUGUUGAUAGAGUAUCUAAGAUGGAGAGCAAGGCGUCAAGCCCAGAGGCAAUUAGCACAACGGCAAAAUGGUAGAGAGCAAAGGCCAGAGCAGCCUAGAGAAAAUCUUGGUGCCAGAUCUGGAAAUGGUGUUGGGCUGCAAGAAAACCUUGCUGUUGCUACAGGUGCUCCAGUUGCUAGGAGUUCAUCUCCACCUAGAUGAAUCUAAUGAACUGGUUUAGGCAUGAGGAGAACAGGUAAAGUUCAUAGAAAAAUUAAAACGCAUGUGGUUAAAUAAUUUUCUGAGUGGGAAUUUGUUCUUUUCUCCGCAGUAUCAUCUUGUCCUGUCCGAAAGUCCAUAAUUGUCUUGUCAGUGGAUUAUGGGGUCUUCCUUUGUUAUGGAUUCCUAAAAAUGGUUAUCCAGUUGCUCUGUGCUAUGUGCCUGGCUGGUAUGGUGGCUAGAGUGCAGCUUUCUAGUUGAACGUCUUGCUUUAGGCCAUCUCACAAGGGGUGCUUGUAUAUUGUUAUAAGGCUGUUAAUAAAGUGUAAUCAGGGAAAAUUUUGGACUGUACA